CCAAAAGUAGCUGUGUUCAUGCUGAUUAAGAACAAGCGGAUUCAAAUAAUCAAUUAAUCAGAUUUUUAUAACUCGCAUUAUAUUUUUUUCAAGCAGGGCAGGUUUUUAAGUAAGCGGUUAAGUAGGCUCUGCGAAUGAGUCUCAGUUGUUAACUGGACCUUCCCGGCUGCCGUACUAUAACACGAUUUGUUUAUCACAAUAACAAGGUGUUCAUGCUAAGUGGUUUGGAGUGAGAAACAUGUCUGAAUAUUCACAUGUAAAAUCAACUAAGCUUGUUCUGAAGGGUCAAAAUAAAGGAAAAAAGAAGAAGCACAAGGAUAAAAAGAGAAAAUCUGCAAAUGACGAAGAUAAGCAAGAUAUUGUUGGUGGUUGGUGGUGUGUCAGUAGUUUCGGAGACGUUGCAGGAACGGUUGCCAUAGAGAUGCAGAAUAACUCAUACAUUCAUGCCCUGGAUACUGGGCUCUUCACGCUUGGCGCACCACACGGAGAUGACGAGGGCCCGGACCCACCAGAGCAGCUUACUGCCAUUAAACUGUCAGACACACGGAUUGCGUUUAAAUCUGGAUAUGGAAAGUACCUGGGCAUCAACUCUGAUGGUUUGGUGAUGGGGCGCUCCGACGCCAUUGGCUCAAGAGAACAGUGGGAGCCCGUCUUCCAGGACGGUAAAAUGGCUCUGCUGGCUGCAAAUGGCUGUUUCAUCUCCUACAGUGAUGAUGGAGACAUCGUGGCCAACAGCAAGACAGCGGGGGACGCCGAGAUGCUGAAGAUCCGGACCAGUACAGAACGGGAAGUCAAGCACAAAGAUGAGCUUGCGGAUGAGGACAGAGGGAACGUGAAAUCCUGUGAGGUCAAUUAUGUGAAGAAAUUUCAGAGUUUCCAGGACAGACGGCUAAGGGUUAACGAAGACGACGCAUCGACGCUAAAGAAGGCCAGGGUGGACGGGAAGUUUCAUGAAGCUCUGCUGGACAGGAGAAGCAAAAUGAAAGCAGACAGAUACUGCAAAUGAAGACGGAGAGGAUUUCUACCGUGUCCUUUUUAAAGUCCUGCCUGUUGUCCAGGUGUGGUCAUGUGAUGUGGCUGUUUUGUUUUUUGUUUGGUUGUUUUUAUAUUUUAAAAAUAAACCUUUUACUGGUUUAAAAUGACUUGAUUGCUUGGACUACCACAUGCCCACAUUUCAUGAUGAGCUAUGACUUUCAGGUGACCCAUUUGGCCUUUUAGUGUAAAUAAUUAACCGGUGUGUGUCCACGUCACCCUGCAGUAACUAGAAUAACAGUACAGAGAUCACAGUGUGAGAUUUAUCACAAAAUCAAUCAGUUUGGCUUUAAGCUAUGUGCUGCAUCGAUUAUUUUUAUGAUGAACUAUGUCACGUAAAACGGCGCAGUAAGAGGAGGGGAAACACAGCAGCACAAAGAAGUUUAUCUCAGAGCUGGGAUUUAUUAUUUGGAAUACACAAAGUCAUUGGUGCAACAAAUUAACUGUAGCACAUGGAAGCUGUACAUAAUGUAAUAAGAGGCAUAAUCCUAAUUAGAAUUAGAAAGCAGCAAAAAUGUGUUUUACUGUAGGAAAUCCUAAACGUUUGAAGAGCUGACUGUCUGCAGACGCUCAGGAAGCCUGGAGCAAACCAUCAGAGGAGAAUUUAAUGUUUCAUAUUCUGUUUCAUAUAUUGAGCUUGUAAAUACUGUGUUUAUCUGGACUGGUUUACCCAAAGGCCCUGGAUUAUUUCUACAUGCAUAAAGAAGUCGGAGAGGUUUUAGUUCCAAACUGUUUAUUGCUUCAUAGAUGAAGUAGGAGAGUUAGGAGUACCCUGAGUAAGUCAGGAGUGUGUGCAGAUGCAACAGAAGUAUUCACACCUCUGCAAUCUACUAGUGAUUUUCAUGUCUUGACAUGGAAUUUCAGUCGGAACUUUGACUAGACCAUUGCAACACAUCAACAGAGUUACCUGAGGCCCACUUUAGGUUUUAUAAACAUUUUGAACAUGUCUUAUUGUUCAUCCACACCUAGUGUUGGUCAUAUAAAAGUAAAAUAGAAGUUUGUGGUUGUAAGGUCACAGUCUGAGCUCCGUGAAACCUGUUCUAAUAAACCGGCAUCAUCAGGGAAGAUGAAAGUCCUUGGAUGGGAAAACCUGGUCAUUCAUUACAUUCUGAUGUCCUCUUUGUCUCAAAGCUUUUCUCACUCUGCACCAGAAUGAGUCCACAACUUGUCAGAUCACAGAACUUUUCAUAUUCCUUCUGAAUCCAUUAUUCAUUUUCUUUGCAAAUUGUACUCAUUUCAAAGUUAUCUAUCUUUUUUAAUAAAGCUAAAGCCUUAUUCACACGA